AUGAGGAGACCAACCCUUCAUGGUAACGAGUUUGUCUCAGCAGAGCGCAUACUACGAGCAGCUCUGGAAGAUGGACCCAUAGGGUUCAUGCUGUUAGAGGAGCCACCAUCAUCACUCCCGGCCUUUGGUUUUGUACCUACAGGCGCAGACAAAGGAGUCGAGAUGGAGGUGGAGGUAGAUCAGGUGGUGACGGCUGCAGACAUACCAAAGCCAUACCAACACCUGCGAGAUGUGUUUGAUGAGGUGGAAGCAGACAAGCUGCCCCAUCAUACCGAGCAUGAUCUCCACCUCGAGUUGAUAGAAGGAGGUAAGCCACCUCAAGGGCCCCUAUACCUUAAGGGACCCAAGGAGAUGUCCGAGUUGAGGAGAUACUUGGAUGAGAACCUCGAGAAGGGGUUCAUAAGACCAUCGAAGAGCCCGGCACGAUCGCCAGUGCUCUUCGUACCAAAGAAGGAUGGAGGUCUCAGACUCUGUGUGGACUACAGAGGUCUCAACGAGAUCACUGUCAAGAACAGGGCACCAUUGCCCCUCAUCGAGGAGCAGCUGUUCUUACUCAGGAAGGCAAGGAUCUAUACCAAGCUAGACCUUAGAGCAGCAUACAACCUCAUCCGGAUUGCUAAAGGAGAUGAAUGGAAGACAGCUUUUGGCACUCAGUUGGGACUCUAUGAGUACCUAGUGAUGCCCUUUGGCCUAGCCAAUGCUCCGGCUCACUUCCAGUCAUUCAUCAAUGACAUCUUCCGAGACAUCAUUGGAGUAUAUGUAGUGGUAUACUUAGAUGACUUCCUGAUCUUCAGUGACACUGAAGAGGUACAUGUGAAGCAUGUCACCGAGGUCCUCACUCGCUUAAGGAGCAACAGGCUCUUUGCUAAGCUGUCGAAGUGUGAGUUCCACACCAAGACAGUCGAGUUCCUGGGGUACAUCAUCAAGCCAACGGGCAUAGAGAUGGACCCAGAAAAGGUGCGCACUGUCAAGGAGUGGCCAAUGCCAGAGUCAAUCCAUGACAUCCAGAGGUUCCUGGGUUUUGCCAACUUCUAUCGAAGGUUCAUAGCCCACUUUGCUCGCAUAGCCAAGCCCUUGACAGCACUGGUAAAGCCUAUAGAACGGUUCAAGAAGUUCGAGCUACCAGAGGAGGCCCAACAGGCCUUCCACAAGCUCAUCCAGGCCUUCACAUCAGCAGGAGUGCUUCAGCACUUCGACUACCACCUUCCAACAAGGUUGGAGACUGAUGCAAGUGACUUUGCUAUAGCAGGAGUGCUCAAGCAGGAGCAUGAAGGACGAUGGCAUCCAGUGGCCUUCUACUCUAGGAAGAUGUCUUCUGCCGAGAAGAACUAUGAGAUCCAUGAUAAGGAGCUCCUAGCUGUGGUCGCCUGCCUCACUCAGUGGCGACACAUGCUAGCUGGACUACCGAACCAACUGGUCAUCCUCACUGACCAUGAAGCCCUCAAGUACUUCAAGUCACAGAGACGCAUCACAGGUCGACAGGCUCGAUGGGCCAUACUACUAGCAGACUUCGACUUCAUAUUGCAGUAUCGACCAGGAGACAAAGGUGGUGAACCCGAUGCUCUCACCAGAAGGACAGACAUGCAACCAGCUGGUGAAGAGCAGGAUCACAAUGUGAGGCAACUACUGCCUCCUCGAGUGUUCAAGGAGACAGCAGACCAUGACUCGCUCCUAGUGGCCCCCAUGAUCUCGAUGGAGUCCAUAGCAUCAAAAGGUCUCAAAGACCUGGUCAAGAUCUUCCAGCCCUUAGACCAGGAGCUACAGGAGAUACAUAGGAAGAAGCCCUUCGAGGUCAGGGAUGACCUAUGGUACAGUGGAGGAAGGCCCUGGGGCUCCAUAUCCCUCGACUUCAUCGAAGGACUACCAACAUCGAAGAAGUAUGACUCCAAGACCUAUGACUCUAUCUUAGUCAUUGUCGACAGGCUAACCAAGUUUGCCAUACUAGCUCCAACCCAUAAGACAGUCACGGCCAAACAGACUGCAGUAUUGCUAUAUGGACACAUGGUUAGACUCUUUGGAUAUCCAGAUCACAUGGUCUCGGACCGAGGCAGGCAGUUCAUAUCAGGAGCAUGGAAGGCAUUUGCAGAGCAAAUGGGUGUGAAGCACUCACUUAGCACGGCUUACCAUCCUCAAACUGAUGGUCAGACAGAGAGAGUCAAUCAGGUCAUAGAGCAAUAUCUCAGGAUGUACUGCAACUAUGAGCAGAAUGACUGGGCCAACCUGCUGGACACUGCGGCCUUUGUAUACAACAACACGGUCCACAACAGCAUUGGUGUCUCACCAUUCUUUGCAUGCUAUGGAUGGAACCCCAAAGCUCAUCCUGACAUCCCUCAACGACUAGGAGUCAAUGAUCCAGGUCGCUUCGAGUACCUCAUGGAUGGAAAGGAGCGUUGCAAGUACCUCCAGGAGCAGAUCAGAGAGGCACAACGUAGAUCAGUAGACCAGUAUAACAGGAAGCACAAGGACAUUGAGUUUAAGGACCCUACCCAGUUCAGGAACGGGUAG